UAGAAAAGUGAAAAUGAAAACAGUGUGCGUGUGUAUAUAUAGUUGUAUGUUUCGAAUUUGACGUGAAAUGUUUGUAAAUGAAGGACACGAGCAAGUUCGAAAUUUCAAGAGGCAAAUCGAGUGUCCGGAUUGGCAAAAGGGAUUUUUGCAUGAAGUGUCGCACACAAAAUGUAGUGUAUCGAUCCCGACGGUGCGGUGUAUCAUUCGUAUGACCCAACAAGAAGAAAAAAAAGAGGACACACAUACAAUUCAAGUUUCCAGCAAAUAAAUCAAUUCGCCAGAAAAAAUAAUAAUUUUUGGUGAACGUGUACUGCACGGCUGAUCGUAAUUCGGUCAAGAGAACGGCACAAGUGAUUGCGACUGGACCUUCUUUUUUUUUAAACAAGACCGAAUUUCAAUUUGUGGCGACUGAUUACGUAGUGCAUUCAAAAUGGAUCAAAGAUAUAAUCGGCACAGUGAAGUGCGUGAAUUGAAGUUGGGCUCGACAUUCAACACACCAAAGCCGCGCACAUCGUUUCACACAUUGAAAUAUGAUUUCAAGCCAGCCAGUGUGGAUUUAUCGAAAUCAGCAACGUUAGAUGUGAGCUCAAAUAAUCAAGUGACUGUAACGGUGCCGCAUUUAGACUCAUCCGGUGUGCCGAAAACGGUGUUCAAAGGCAAUCAACGCAACUACACAAAAGAAUGUGUGCUGAUCAUUGAUAAAACGACGGGAGAAGUUACGAUCGAGAAAUUGCAUCACAAUAUUCAAGUGAAGAAAACACGCAGUGAGACCAAUAACAAAUCAUCAGCCAACUUCUCCUCACAUCAAGCGAGUAUGAACAAUGCAAGUGGAAGUGGCGGUAGCGGCAGCAGCAGCGGCGGCGUCAGCAAUGUUGGAGGUGCAAGUGCUGGCAGUGGAAUAAUGAGCGGCGGAAUGGGAGGUGGUUCUGGAGGCAGUAUUGGAAAUGUGUCGGCCAGUGUAAGUAGCAAUGCACCAUCUCGACCGUACAUGGAAAAUAAUACACAACGGAAAUCGAAUAAAACGCGAGUGUCGACAGGCAUUCGAAAAAAUGCACUCAGUUCAUUUGUACCGCGUCAUUCGCCCAUCCAAGGAUCACCAUCAUAUCCGCAUCAUAAAAGUCCACAACAAGCGCCGGCUUGGAAUGCAAACAAUGGCCAAUCAACGCUACCAAGUAUCCCAUUGAUUGGCAUGGACGAUGAUAUUAUGCCAAUGACCAAACCAAUCACGAAUAAUGUAAAUAGCAGUCCGGCAGCACCAGCACCGCCACCACAACGAGCCUCAAACCUAGACGUACCACACCAAUUUAGUAGUUAUCACUCAAAUAAACCAUCGACAUCAUCGCCCAAACUGAAUGCACCGUCAAAUAAUAAUCGACAUUCGCAUUCGCAUUUGCCACACUUGCAUUCGGGCCAUCACGGUGCCAAUGCCAAUGCCAACGCCAACGCCAAUGCCAACACCAACACCAACCACAGUUCACACAAUUCAAGUAGCCUUCAAAGUAGUAGUUCGUACGAUAAAAUGCAACAAUCGCGACAAUCAAGUAGUAGCCAUCAUCAAUCUUUACCCAAGGAUGAAUUGACCUCGUUGGUCAGCGUCAUGUCUUCAUCUGACUCAAGUGAUUCAUCCGAUUCGGAUAGUAAUAGUAAUAGCAAUAGUAGCGAUUCGGAUAGCAACAGCAACAGUGACGAUGACAAUGACGACGAUGAUGAGGGCAUGAACCAUCGGCCACAGCAGCAACAGCAUCAACAAAACCAGCAGCAGCAACAUCAUUCAAAUGCAAUGCGCAAGCCAGUUGAUAAUGGAUCACUGCCAGCUCUCCUCCUAGACGAAGAUCUACGCCUAUCAUCGGCCUCAUCUGAUUCGGAUGAUGAUUAUUCAUUUCAUCAUAAUAAUCAUUAUCAUCUGAUUCAGUCAAAUUGUCUCAGCAAAUACUGUGUUUAUUUUCGUUUAUUUUUUUUUCUCUUUAUUUUGUUAUUGUUAUUACUUAUUUUUAAGGAACGUCGUUUCCCAAAUUUUUUGAAAAAACCCAAUAAGCAAUUCAAUUGUAAGCAAAAAAUGCUAAGAGAAAAUACACAAAUACCAAACCACCAACCGUCAACCAAUCAUGAAGUCAGAAUUUCAGAUUCUGUAAAAGCGUCAGUUAAUACUGUUGCAAUAAAUCUAUUCUGUGGCGCUCUAGCGGGUAGCGUGGCAAAAACUGUUAUCGCGCCACUAGAUCGGGCUAAAAUUAAUUUUCAAAUUCACAAAGAUAUUCCCUAUUCCUUUCGAGCAGCAAUUUUAUUCCUCCGGAACACGGUACAUAAAGAGAGCUUCUUUGCACUAUGGAGAGGCAACUCGGCGACAAUGGCACGAAUUAUCCCUUAUGCAGCUAUCCAAUUCACAUCGCACGAACAAUGGAAGAAAGUGCUGUCUGUAGACAAAGACCAAAGCACCAAUUGUCGGAGAUUUUUAGCCGGAUCGUUAGCUGGAAUAACAUCACAGUCAUGCACAUAUCCAUUAGAUUUAGCUAGAGCACGAAUGGCUGUUACGGAUAAAUACACCGGUUACAAGUCACUACGACACGUAUUCGUAAAAAUUUGGGUUGACGAAGGGCCAAGAACUCUAUUUCGUGGCUACUGGGCCACUAUUUUAGGUGUUAUUCCCUAUGCAGGCACAUCGUUUUUUACAUUUGAAACGUUAAAGCGUAAACAUUACGAAUAUACGGGAGAAAAGAAACCGCAGCCAAUUUAUUCGUUCUGUUAUGGAUCGAUGGCUGGCAUCUUAGGACAAACGGCCAGUUACCCAUUGGAUAUAGUUAGAAGACGAAUGCAAACGGUUGGAAUGAUGAAACUGCCACCGAACAACUAUCGAACAAUUUUGUCUAGCCUCAGAUUUAUUUACAAAAAUGAGGGUGUAGCGCGCGGAUUUUUUAAGGGAUUGAGCAUGAAUUGGGUGAAGGGCCCCAUAGCUGUUGGCAUCAGUUUCACCACAUUUGAAUACUCCAAAGAUUUUAUAACCAUUCGCUUAUCGGUGUAAAGCUCAUUUAGACGAUAAAAAAAAAAUCGCAGUGCCUAAAUAUCUAUGAAUGCCCUACAACAUGCUUGACUGUAUACAUCAAAUCGAUUUUCUAUGUAAUUCAAAAUACGUACAACAGAAGGUGUCGACUGGAUUGAUAUAAAAUUUCAAUUAAAAUUUGGAUAUUUUUUUUGGCUUUGUUUACCAUUUUUAUUAGAUUCGUGAUUUUUUUUCUAUUCAAAUUUAUAGUAGAGAGAAAGGAAAAGCAAAUAAAUUGUUGAUUUUAUUGAACUGACUGAAGGCAAUAUUACUUAUAGUAAUCUGAUAUGAUAUUGAGCUUUGAUGUAACUGCUUAUGCUUUAGCAUCAAAUUUAGCAGUAUUGUAGUACAAAGAGAACAAAUAAUGUUAAUGCUAAAUACCAAAAAAAACCCAACUAAAUGUUGACUGGCAAUGUGCGUGUUUGAAUAAAUGUUGAAUUUUCAUCGAAAAGUUCAAACAAUGUGUAAAACAAA